AGAGGCUUACGUAUACAUCUAACUCAACUUCACCAAGAAUUCAGUUGUCAAACAGACUGUAAAUAGGCUCUUGUAUAAUCAGAACACAUAGAAGAAAAAAAAACACGAGGAAAGUGUAAGUGCUCAAGGUUAAAAAGCUCACAGAUCAAAUCCUCUUCAUAAUCAAUCAUGGCCCUAAAAUUCAUGGUAAUCGCUAACAAGAUAUAAUCCACAAUUUCCCCCCUUUUGUCCAGUCGAUCAGUAAUUCCCCCAUUUUUGUUCAGUCAUCAUCACUUGCAAGCAUCUGCAAUUUUUUAUUUUAUUUUUAUAAAUUAAAAAUAUUACCAUGCAGGUUGCAGAGAAGCUGUCAUCUUUGUCGAAAAUUGCAUGCCCCAUCAUUUUAGCAAGCUUGCUAAUGUACUCAAAGUCCUUCAUCUCAAUGCUGUUCUUAGGACAUCUUGGAGAUAUUGCAUUGUCUGGGGGCUCGUUGUCAAUCAGUUUUGCCAACAUAACAGGGUACUCUAUCCUCAAAGGUCUGGCCAUGGGUAUGGAGCCGAUAUGCUAUCAAGCUUACGGAGCAAAGAGAUGGUCGAUUAUGACCAAAACCUACAGAAAGACUCUCUUUCUCCUCUUAGCUGCAAUUAUUCCGAUAUCUCUGAUGUGGCUUAACAUGGGAUCUAUCUUUUUAUGGUUAGCUCAAGAUGCAAAUGUGGCAGAAGUGGCAAGGAUCUACUUACAGUAUUCGAUUCCCGACUUGAUUGCGCUGGCGCAUUUCCAUCCCCUUCGGACAUUCUUGAGGACUCAAAACAUCAACAGACCGCUCACUGUAUCGGUAAUAGUCGCGAUGCUUCUUCACUGUCCGAUCAAUUACUUCCUAGUUGUGUAUUUAAAUCUGGGAGUGAGAGGAGUUGCACUAGCCUCUGCAUGGAACACUUUCAAUAUAAAUCUUGGUCUGAUGGUGUACCUGUUCCUGUCGAAAACCUCACUUAGACCUUGGGGUGGGGAAAUAGCUAGCACAUUCUUUGACAGCUGGCAGCCACUCCUCGCCCUCGCGGGCCCGAGUGUGCUGUCAGUGUGCCUAGAGUGGUGGUGUUACGAAAUACUGCUACUGCUUUGCAGUCUGUUAAGCAACCCACAGGCUAAUGUUGCAGCGAUGGGCAUUCUAAUACAAACCACAAGCUUGCUCUAUGUGUUCCCUUCAUCCUUUGGCUCGGGCUUGUCGAUACUAAUAGGCCAUGAGUUAGGUGCUAAUCAGCCCGAACAGGCACAAAGGACAACUACCGUCGGUUUAACUUUGGCAGCUGUGUGGGGAAUUCUGGCCUUCCUAUUCACCAUUGCAGUGAAAGAUGUUUGGGGUAAGCUUUUCACAAGUGAGCCAAAGAUUCUUGAUUUGACAUCAAUGGCUCUUCCUAUAUUGGGCUUCUGCGAAUUGGGUAACUGCCCACAGACAGCUGCAUGUGGGAUUUUGGUGGGCUCUGCUAGGCCGAAUAUGGGCUGUCGUAUAAAUUUCGUGUCGUUUUAUCUUAUUGGUUUACCGGUUGCAGCUUUGUUGGCCUUUCAGUUCGAGAUGGGCUUUGCUGGGCUGUGGUUUGGGCUCGGGGCAGCACAAGUUUCAUGCACGUGCAUGAUGGUUUGCACUCUCUUUUACACAGAUUGGACACAGCAAGCCAGCAGAGCAAAGGAGCUAACACAGGGAAAAGAAGGUAGGGGAAAUGACUUGGAAGCCCCUCUGCUCAGCUGAACAUGUUCAAAACUGACAACUGCAGAUCCAUGAACUUGAACAUAUUAUGUUUAGGGUCUAGGAUUGCGCUAUGUUGUAAGGAUACAGUAUGCAUGUCAAGAGAGAACGAUGAAAAUGAGGUGUAAUAAAAGUAGGAAUGGACCAAUUCUCUGUAUCUAUGACCAAAAUAAGUAUUUGCUACUAUAAAAUCAGAGAGUUGAUCUCUUUUUAUGUUCCUAAACUAUCUUUAUCGUCUCCACAUGUU